CCAAAAUAAACCCAUUAUAUUCGGCUUAUCUCGAUAAAAAUGUUCUGCUUUUAAUUGGGUGUCACACAGUUCAGGUUUGGCAUGAUCAAGAUGAAAAAAAAACUCUAGAGUUCAUUAGUGUAAUUGAUAAAAGCAAACACAGGGGUGAUGAUAGAACAAAUAUUAAAAAAGUUGAAUAUGGAAUAAGAAAAUUUAAACUUGAAGUUCAAUCAAAAGAUUCUGGAUCAAUUGAAUCAAUUGAAAUGGAAGCUGAUGAUGAUUAUUUAGUUUAUGCUGUAAAAGAGGCAUGUGAAUCACUUAAGUUUUUAUAUCAGAUAUAUAAAGAGUCCGAAUAUGCCAUAUCAUUAUCCAAUGAAGAUCAACAUAUAAAAUUCAAAGAGAUAGUAGAACAAACACGAAAUAUUAUUAUAAGAUUUAUUCAGUUAUAUCCGAUUGUUUGGCGACUGUUAGACAUUCGCUUUGGUUUGUUAAACUUACUCAUUGAAGCGAGGGAAUAUCAACUUAUAAAAUACAUAUUAUUUAAUGAAGAAAAAGAUAUCGAUAAUGACGAUGAUCUCGAAAAAAAACGCCUUUUUAAAAUGCUUGAUGAUAUAGUCUCCAAAUUGGAAAAUCUUUCACAAGAUAUAGAAGGCAUAAUGGAAGACAUAACGCCAGAUCAAGAACGUUUAUUGCAUGAGAAAUCACUCCACAUGCCGCAAUAUAAAUCAUGGGAAGGUGAAGAUAAUGUGAUUGGUAAAUCGCUUUCAGAUGAUGACCCAGUAUUUCUGGGAUAUUUUUUAGAAUAUUAUUCUAAUAAAGCAGUCAAAGAGAUUGGAUGGAUGAUUACAGUUAGCGAAAUUAUACCAAAGAUGUACGCGUAUAAUAAAGAGGAUAAAAAUUAUGAAUUUUAUAGGUCUUAUAUUCGAUUAUUAUUCUUUAAGCGUUGCUUUUGUGAAAAGGAAUUAGAUAUACCCUUUUUUGAAUUUCUUGAAAUUCCACCAAGCAUCGAUGGUGCUUUAGAAGUUUUUAUACCCGUAACACAAUUUAUUCCACAAGAUUCCAAUUUGAAAAUAAACAUGCUCAGUGGUGUUAAAAUUCCUGAUAUUCAAAUGGUACCUUUAAUUUAUUUCGCGACAAAUAAGCUAUUACAGGAAAAAAGAGAAAACAAAUACAUGAGUUUUUUAAAGUCUAUAUUUUAUCCUGGUAAUUACGUACCUCUGGAAGAGUGCCAUAUCCCUUUUCUUCAUGUUAUAAAUAAAGUUGAAGAUAACCUUAAUGAUCCUUUCUACUGUAACCCAUCCAUGGAAGCCAUCAUAAAUUUUAUGUGGGAUUCUUCUAAAUCACGUUGGCAUCAAAUUUCAUUCAAUUUUUUAAUGCAUUUUUUAUCUUAUUCGAUUAUUUCCUGGAUGUUCAUCGCACACAUUGAAGUUACCGGUGAAUUUCAACAUAUUUUGGUGUUUAUUUUUCUUGGUUAUGCUUCAUAUAUUGGACUAAGUCAAUCGUUGACAACAUAUGAGGUUUCUAACGAUAGCGAAGUUGCCUAUAUUAUGACUGGAAAAGAACCAGAGAAUUCAUUUUCGAAUCUCUUUAAUGCUAUUUUUGCUGCAUAUAAUUGGGAUUCAAUUGCACUAGAUACUUGGGGAUUUUGGCCUCUCAUCAUAAUCAAUGUGAUUGGCAGUAUUGUUAUUGUCCUUAUACUACAAAAUAUCAUUAUUUCAUUUAUGAGUGUGGCUUUAGAGGAUGCUGACAAUUUUGGGAAACGUGCUGUUCUUAAUUUUCAAUGUAAAUUAAUUUAUUACCAUGCAGUUCUUAAGAAUUCUGCUUUAGCUUCGGGGUAUAAUGAUUUUCAUUCCAAGUUUAAGGAUAAGUUAGAAGUGAAGUAUAUAUGUUUUUAUAAUGAUCAGUCAAUUACAAACGCAUGGAGAGAUGAAAGCAAAAAGUGGGAAACAUUUCCUAUAUAUUUAAAUGCUGAAAAACAAAUGCAAACAGAAGAAGAAAGUGAAUUUUUUAUUAAAAAGGAUGAUUUGAAAUUCAUUUGGUGGACUUCUACAUAA